AUGCAUCGAAUGAUGAAAGAAGAAUCAAGCUACAGGACAAGCAGCCUGGAAAAUGCAACACGCGACACGAGCAAAGAGCAGCUGCAUGUGAAGCUCUGCAAUGGGUCCUGCCACGCUGAGCAAAUCCUACAGACGCUGAACGCCUACCGGCGUGGUGGCAUCUUCACAGAUGUGGUGUUGUUAAUUGAUGGGCAAGAAUUCCCCUGCCACCGUGCUACUUUGUCAGCCAACAGCACUUAUUUCCGGGCGAUGUUUGGUGGCAAUCUCAAGGAAAGCCAUCAGAAUAUCAUCAACAUCCAGAAGAUUUCUGCUUCCACCAUGUCUCUCCUUCUUGACUAUAUGUAUGGGGGGAACAUUGUCAUUCAGGAAGACAAUGUUGAAGGCAUCUUGGAACUGUCUGACUUGCUGCAGAUCUCCAAGCUUAGGGAUGCUUGUAUCAGCUUUCUUGAAGGCCAGCUUCACCCCUGCAAUUGUUUAGGCAUCAUGAAGUUUGCCGAUUCGUUCUCCAUCACUUCCCUGACAGAAAAAAGCAAGAGGUUCAUGCUGGAGUGUUUCGUGGAGGUGUCAUGCCAUGAAGAGUUCCUAGAGAUGGGUGUGAAGGAACUGGUUGAGUAUUUGUCUGAUGAGCAGCUGGUGGUUCCCAAGGAGGAGGUGGUCUUUGAAGCAGUCAUGCGCUGGGUACGACACGACGUACCUGCCCGGAAAGGAGCCUUGAAGGAUCUCCUUGAGCAUGUACGUCUGCCACUGCUCAACCCCACCUACUUCCUGGAGAAGGUGGAAAUGGAUGGGCUCAUCCAGGACUCAAAGGAGUGCAUCCCUCUGCUGCACGAAGCCCGCAAGUAUUACAUCCUUGGGAAUGAGGUCAGCUCUUUGAGAUCGAGGCCCAGAAGGUUCAUGGAGCUGGCAGAAGUUAUCAUCAUCAUUGGGGGCUGUGAUAAGAAAGGCCUUCUGAAGCUGCCCUUCACUGAUCUCUAUCACCCAAAGAGCAGGCAGUGGACGGCCCUCUCCAGUGUGCCUGGCUACACCAAGUCAGAGUUUGCUGCUUGCACGCUGAAGAAUGAUGUCUACAUAUCAGGGGGACACAUCAGCAGCAAUGAUGUUUGGGUGCUGAGCUCCCAGCUGAAUGUCUGGAUCAAGGUUGCUUGUCUGCAGAAAGGCCGAUGGAGGCACAAAAUGGCAACGCUUCAGGGCAAGAUCUACGCUGUGGGAGGCUUUGAUGGUUUCUACCGCCUCUCCAGUGUGGAGUGCUAUGACACCUUCUCCAACAGCUGGUCCACCUUGGCUCCACUGCCACAAGCAGUGAGCUCAGCAGCUGUGGUCUCCUGCCUGAACAAGCUCUACGUGCUGGGUGGUGCUGUGGAUGACACUGCUAACACUGACAAGGUCCAAUGCUAUGAUCCAGAAGACAACAAGUGGACUCUCUUGUCUCCCACUCCUUUCUACCAGAGGUGCAUCAGUGCCGUCUGUUUGGACAACAUCAUUUAUGUUGUAGGUGGGCUCCUCAGUAAAAUCUUCAGCUAUGAUCCAAGGAAAGACAGCUGGCGAGAAGUGGCUGCCCUCCCUGGGCCUCUGGAGAGCUGCGGCCUGACGGUGUGCGGAGGGAAGAUUUACAUCCUGGGUGGCCGAGAUGAGAAUGGGGAAGGCACAGACAAAGCAUUCACUUUUGACCCUGUAACGGGGAGCGUGGAGCAGCAGCCCCCGCUGCAGCGCUGUACCAGCUACCAUGGCUGUGUCACCAUCCUGCAGCACAUGAACAGAUGA